AUUUCGUGAAUAAAAAUAAACGUUUUGUGCAGACUGUGUGUGUGUGUUUUUUAAUUCAUUUCCCUGCUUAAAGAUAUAUAACUAUGUGUACUUAAUAAUAAAUAUAUAUGUAUAUCGCGAAGGGAAAAGCCGUCGGCAUUUUAUUGUUUCCUCAGUUAAGAGAUAAUUUUUUCAAUUUCUUCUUUUAAAAUAAACGUCAGGUGCGAAGUAUUAUUAUUUUAAGUAAUUAAGUGAUUUUAAGUGAUAAGCCAGCCAGCCAGCCGGCCAGAUCAUGCACCCAGACUAUAGUCUGGUGUUGCAAAAGUGUGCCUCCAGUCCGCGUUUAUGCGUACAACAAACUUUAACCAUUGCUGCUGAUUAUUUAAUACCGCCGCCGCCAGCAAUGGCUGCCACGGCCACGUUUGCAGAAUGUUGUAAAAAUUCGCAGCCAACAAAAGGCGAUGAGUUUGUCCGAAUCGAUAGCGAUGAAGAUGAAGAUUGUGACAAUCUUACCACUACUACAACAACUACCGUUAGCACAUCGAAUCGUCGGCAUCCAUUAUUUAUUGGCGAAAAUGAGGAUGACGAUGAGAUCGUAGACGAAGAACUCGAUGAGACUAAAAGUAUGUGCAGUGAAUUAUCGGUGGGCCGUGAAGUUCAAAAUGUAGAUGACUUAGAAGGCACCACUUCCAAACCCCCUAAAGAUCCCGGUGGAAGAGUCAGCUUACUGGAUAUGAACGAUAAUCAGUCAAAUAGCUCUCAAGAUGAAGAUACCAACGCCGAUACUGUGCGUACGUCUAAGUCAACGCAAAGAAAUCCUUUUGCUUUGGCCUCCAGUUUAAGAUUUUCUGUGCCAUUCGGUUUCCCCACAAAUCCCGCCUGCCCAGCAAUUUCUCCCUUUCAAGAGGAGUUUCUUAGGAAAUCGCACCUUUACGCCGAGGAGUUGAUGAAACACCAAAUGCAAUUAAUGGCAGCAGCAAGAGCAAGUGCCUUUAGUUUACGCAGCACGCAAAACACGGCUCUGGCGCAAUCUCCUUUGUCAGUGAAUUCGUUUAGUAAAAUUGGCCAAAUAAGUGCCGCGGCCGCCGCCGCUGCUAUGGCCAGCAAUUUAACAGUGCCACCUCAACAAUAUAAUUUCCAACCGCAGCAUUACGCAGCGGUGCCCAGCGACACGUUGGCUAAAUUAAGUGCUCUCAGUAAACAAGCGCCUUCCACGCAGGUAAUGUCCACACUGAAUCAACUGCAAACGCAGAUGCAAGCUCGCCUGCCAUCCGCUUUACUAAAUAACGAUCACGAGCAAUUGCAUGAGAGAGCCUUAAAAUUUAGUAUAGAUAAUAUAUUGAAAGCCGAUUUCGGUAGAAAUCAGUAUAAUGAUUUAAGCGAAUGUAGUAGAAAAGCGAAUAAUGUGAGUAAAAUUGCUCGCUCGUCAAAGAGGAAUUUAACAAACAAUCAUGCAACUAAUUCCAAUGAUAUAAGCGAUGCAUUGCCAUCGCCAACGCAAACAUAUUCUACUUCGGUAUCGGUAGCUAGUAUGUGCACGAAUAGCAAUGACUCAAGCAGUACAGUAGUAAGUAGUAGUUAUGGUGGCGGUAGUUCUGUGGAUUUAGUAAAAUUAUCUCCCUUACAAACUCCCGCUGUGUCACCCCAAUCUCAAGCGCAGCCAACAAUAGCAUCAGCCCAACCAACAACAGCUCUAUUAACAUCUACCUCAUGUAACAAUUCAACAGAAAGUGCCAAAGUUACCGGUAAUUGUGCAAGUAAAUCUUCACUCGAUGACAAUAAAGAGACAUGUUCCAGCACGAGCUCAACGAGUGGUGGCAGUGGACCAAUUGUCUGGCCAGCUUGGGUAUAUUGUACACGUUACAGUGAUCGUCCUAGUUCGGGUAGAAGUCCUAGAGUACGAAAACCGAAGAAAACCAACAAUAUAUCGCAAGUGAGUGAAAAAGGUCAAACGCCUACUGCCACCUCAGAAGAUAAACGACCGCGUACCGCUUUCAGUGGCUCACAGCUGGCAAGACUGAAGCAUGAAUUCAAUGAGAAUCGUUAUCUAACGGAAAAACGACGCCAGCAGUUAAGUUCCGAGUUAGGUUUAAAUGAGGCUCAAAUCAAAAUCUGGUUUCAAAAUAAACGUGCCAAACUAAAAAAAUCGAGUGGUGUGAAAAAUCCAUUGGCGUUGCAGCUGAUGGCGCAGGGUCUCUACAAUCAUUCGACGGUACCUUUGACACGCGAAGAAGAAGAACUACAAGAGAUGCAGGAACGUGAAAGGGAGGCAGCCGCGGCAGCAGCAGUUGCGAACUCACUAACGCCGACCAGCGCGAAUGCGGUGACCUCAUAA